CUGGAAAGAUUUUUUUGUCUUCUGAUUUUCUGAUUAUAGUAUAUGCAGGUGAGAGUUUUCAGGGGAUUUAUUCUGCUUUGGGUUCUCUUGGCUUCCUGGAGUCUGUCACUAAUUUUGGAACGUUCUUGGCCAUUAUUAUUGUCACCUCACAUCUUUCUUCUUCCUUUUUUCUUUCUUCUUCUGGUAUUGCAGUACUUUUUGUGUUAUACUUCCUGAAUUUGCCCCACGGUCCUUGGAUGUUCAGUUUUUUCCUGUCUGCGUUUCGGUCUGGAAGGUGUUGACUUCUGUUCAGGCUCACUGCUUUUCCUUCAGCGGUGUGAACGUGGCGGAAGGCCGUCUUCAUUGCCGUCCUGGUCUUCUCGAUUUUUAGCCUUGCCUUCUGGUUCUUCCUUAGAGUGUCCAUCUCCCUGUUGAUAUUGUUCACGUGUUGCAUGUUGUCUUUUCCGUUCGUUCUUAACGUAUCAAUUAGAAAUAGUUGAAAUUCUCGGACGAUCCCCAAACCUGUGUCGUUGAAGUCUGGUCCUUGUGAUUGCGUCGUCUCUUCAGACCUGCCUUCCGCUCGCUUUUCGGUACGUCUCACCUCUGUUGUCGAGAACCUGACAAGGGUCAGGUCAUAGCACCUGAGGUACGUAGACCUCUGGCGAGUGGCUUGGUGGUGCUCUGGCGAGGGGUUUGGCUCUGUUUAGCGUUUGCUGUCGCUGCCGGAUGCUUCUGGCGACCUUGUUUGUAUCUGCCCUCUUGACCUUGCGAUUUUCUGAGCAGCCUUCCCCAGACAGUCUGUGUCUUGCAGCUGUUUGAGCCGUGCCUCACCCUGGUCGGCCCUGGAGCCCUUGGGUGUGGCGGUCAAGUACGAGAGAGGGAGAUUGAAGAUGACCCUUCAGCGAUGUUAGGUCUAUAAUGGGAAGUGUCACAGCUCGAUAUUUCUGUUACGGAUGCCUUUUCACAUCUGCGACCUGGACGGUUUUGCUUUUUAUUUAUUUCAACUUCAGUGAAGUGACUCAGCCACUUAAGAAUGUGCCCAUCAAGGGGUCCGGGCCCCAUGGCCCUUUUCCCAAAAAAUUCUAUCCCCGUUUCACUCGAGGCCCAAGUCGAGUGUUAGAGUCACAGUUCAAAGUAAACAGAAUUGAUGACUUGAUAGAUAAUCAUGUUGAAGAUCCAGAAAAAGGCAACACGAAAUUCUCUUCUGAAUUGGGCAUGAUUUUUGAUGAACGUGAUCAGGAGUUGAGAGACUUGGGCUAUCAGAAACACGCCUUCAACAUGCUCAUCAGUAACCGCUUGGGCUACCGCAGAGAUGUGCCCGACACCAGGAACACCGCAUGUAAAGACAAGUCUUACCCCGCGGACCUGCCAGUCGCCAGUGUCGUUAUCUGUUUCUACAAUGAAGCCUUGUCUGCCUUGCUUCGUACGGUGCACAGCGUUCUAGACCGCACGCCAGCCCAGCUCCUUCAUGAAAUCAUCCUUGUGGAUGAUGACAGUGACUUUGAUGAUUUGAAAGGAGAACUAGAAGAAUAUGUCCAAAAAUACCUCCCUGGAAAAAUUAAAGUAAUAAGAAACACAAAGCGUGAGGGACUGAUUCGAGGAAGGAUGAUCGGAGCGGCCCAUGCUACAGGAGAGGUCCUGGUGUUCCUGGACAGCCACUGCGAGGUGAACGUGCUGUGGCUGCAGCCCCUGCUGGCCGCCAUCCGGGAGGACCCGCGGACCGUCGUGUGCCCCGUCAUUGACAUCAUCAGUGCGGACACGCUCGCCUACAGCUCGUCCCCCGUCGUGCGCGGAGGGUUCAACUGGGGGCUGCACUUCAAGUGGGACCUCGUGCCCCUUUCUGAGCUCGGGGGACCGGAAGGAGCCACCGCACCCAUCAGGUCACCGACAAUGGCUGGAGGAUUGUUUGCCAUGAACAGACACUAUUUCAAUGAACUUGGACAGUAUGACAGUGGCAUGGAUAUCUGGGGAGGAGAAAAUUUAGAAAUAUCAUUUCGGAUCUGGAUGUGUGGAGGUAAACUCUUCAUCAUCCCGUGCUCUAGAGUCGGACACAUUUUCCGAAAAAGGCGACCGUAUGGCUCUCCUGAAGGCCAGGACACCAUGACCCACAACUCCUUGCGGCUGGCACAUGUCUGGUUGGAUGAAUACAAGGAGCAGUAUUUUUCCUUAAGACCUGACCUGAGGACCAAAAGUUACGGAAACAUCAGUGAGCGUGUUGAACUGAGGAGGAAGUUGGGCUGUAAAUCAUUUAAGUGGUAUUUGGAUAAUAUUUACCCAGAGAUGCAGAUAUCUGGGCCCAAUGCCAAACCCCAACAACCCAUUUUUAUCAACAGAGGGCCAAAACGUCCCAAAGUCCUUCAGCGUGGAAGGCUCUAUCACCUCCAGACCAACAAGUGUCUGGUGGCCCAGGGCCGCCCGAGUCAGAAAGGAGGCCUGGUGGUGCUUAAAGCGUGUGACUACAGUGACCCCGGUCAGGUCUGGAUUUAUAACGAAGAGCACGAGUUGGUUUUAAAUAAUCUCCUUUGCCUGGAUGUGUCAGAAACUCGCUCGUCAGACCCACCCCGACUCAUGAAGUGCCACGGGUCGGGAGGGUCCCAGCAGUGGACCUUUGGGAGGAGUAACCGGCUGUACCAGGUGUCGGUUGGACAGUGUCUGAGAGCAGUCGACUCACUGAGUCACAAAGGCUACGUCGCCAUGGCGAUCUGUGACGGCUCCUCUUCACAGCGGUGGCGUUUGGAAGGUUAAAGUGGCUGCUGUGCCGGAAUACGGUAAUCAUCAGCGUCGGCCUCCUCUGUAAGGCGUGAGGCUUGAGAAGUUGCUGGUACAAGAAAAUCCCAGUUAAGUAGAACCAUUUUUGAGAAGGUGGGACGGCAGAUACACUAGAGACUGGAGCCCAGAGUGGUCAUCAAGGGAGUGAGGAAGUUUGUUUGACCAAGACAUUAACAUCAUUUCUGAGCUGCUAAGGAAUUUCUUGCUUAUGGUGAGAAACUAGAAUACAAUUUUAACUCUAUAAAGGGUCAGGUAUGUACAGAAAGACAAACCCAGGAAAUUGAACAGAAACGUCAAACUUUUAUUUAUGCUUCUUUUUAAUCCCUUGAAUAAUGGAAUGGCGUUUGAUCAGGAACUUGUCAUGAUUUCCUUUUUUAGAAGGACUUCAUAGGAAACAGAUUUUUUUUUUUUACUCCUAUUAUCAUGUCUUAAAAUAAUUUUAAACAGACUGAAUCCACAUUGCUUUUAACUUCAGAAGGCCUCAUUUAUAAGAUUAUAUAUUUAAGAGGCAGUUAACUGUUAUAAAUUAUUUUGAUGAACUAUGGUACUAUCUACAUUUAAAAUAAAGGGUUCUUUUGAUGAUUUA